UGUUGGUUGACAUGCUCCAGACUGCUGACAAUGCAGGACUGGUUGCGGCCACCCUUUGUGCGCCAGUAGCUGUAACACAUAGUCGUUGCACUCCUCGUUCGGGAGAGUGUGAGUAUACAAUAAACCAUCCCGGUUAGCUCUAUUGUUGCGCUCGUAGGACAUCAAUAUAUGACCAAGAAGACGACAUUUCUCCACGACGUCGGCAUAACAGGACUAUACCGCGAGUACGAGGAUUAUGAGGAUGCCUGGAGCUGGAGUCAGUGCUAGAGCCGAAGCCAGAGCCGAAGCCGGAGUGAGUGUCAGAGAAUGAGCGCAGCAUGCCAAGCGCAGCAAGUGCGGCGGCAUAAGAACGAGGCUCAAGAUGGGAGGGUGCCUCCGCCAGGAUGUCAUGCAAGGGGGAGUUCUCAUCGCUGUAAUGACGAACAAGAGCGUCACCACGCCGUCUGUACAGGAGUACUACUCAAGUCUUGAAUCACGUUUAGGGUACUGGCUGUUACUCGGAAAUGCCAGGCACUGUGAAUACUGGCCGCCCGGCACACUAUGGCCAUUUCCUAUAGGAUGCGCGCAGCGAGACAUGGAAGAGAAGCUCUGGGAAAGAUUGGGCAUUGAGAAGGGAUCAAAGGUCCUAGAUGCUGGCGCUGGAUCUGGCAAAGUUGCCAGCUACAUGGCGCAUAAGGGACUAAUUAUCGAAGUUGUGGAUCUCACGCCUUUACAUGUGCAGCAAGCCCGGCGAACAAUCCGCGACCGCAAACUUGAGCACAAGGUCUCGAUGCGGCUAGGCGACUACCACGACCUGGCUGACUUCAACAAUGGCUCAUUUGACGGAGUCUACACGAUGGAGACAUUCGUUCACGCCGACGAAUCAAUGAAGGUGCUGCAGAACUUCUACCGCUUACUGAGACCGGCUGGCGUGCUCCUACUGCACGAGGCGGAGUUUCACUGGGACUCUCCGCUGCUCCAGGAAGUGCUACGGCUAUCUCACUGUCAGAACACAUUGAAGCAGGGAUCUUACGAAGAUAUGCUGCGGCAAACAGGCUUCACUGACAUCACCGUUGAGAAUUACACUGACAAUGUGUUGCCACUGUGGCGACUUUUCGGAGUGAUUGGGUCAGUCCCUUACGGUGCUAUGCGACUCUUCGACCUCGACAAACGCUUCACUAACGUGAUGACUGGCGUCGAAGCCUACCGCCACUGGACUCAAGGGCGAUACAUAUCCAUCCGUGCGGUCAAACCUGAUAGUCGCGACUGAGUAUCACUCUGGGAUUGCAUGCUAGCUUAGUGCAGGCAAGCGUCCUAUUAUUAUGACUCUCCGAAGGGACAACAUUGACAGCUGCAUGCGGGGCAAUCUCGAGCGUCCAGAGUUUUGGCGACUGGCAUUGUCAAUGCUCGGUAUGGUGGAGGCUUCGCGCAAUACACUUCCUGACCCGCAGACCAGGCGACAGAAGUCGGCAUGCAAGGCCUCGGAUGUGGC